GUCGCUCCUCAAAGUAUCAGUCAGCUCAUUCGCACUUUAGAUUGUAACCAGACGCCCUAAAUAUCGGUUGUGUUCAGCAGACAUGGCAGCAGCUGCAGUUAUCUUAAAUCAGAAUGUGGUGGAGAGGGUGACCAGCCUUCCUCUGGUGAGCUCCACCUAUGGCCUGGUGUCCAGCGUGUACUGCAACACCAAGGACAACCACCCUUACAUCAAGAGCGUGUGUGAGGCUGCUGAGCAGGGAGUCCGAAACAUCACCUCUGUGGUCCUCACCACGGCUUCACCCAUCAUCGACAAGCUGGAGCCUCAGAUUGCCAUUGCUAAUGACCUGGCCUGUAAAGGUUUGGACAAGAUUGAGAAAACCUUGCCGAUUCUUCACCAGCCGUCUGAGCAGAUCGUUUCCAGUGCCAAGGAUGUGGUAACCAACGCUAAAGAUGUUGUGACAGGCACGGUGUCCGGUGCCAAGGACACAGUCUCAGACAGUCUGACCAGCGCCGUGGUAAAGACUCGGGGCGCGGUGCAGGACGGGAUGGACAAGACCAGGGCCGUUGUCAGCGAGAGUGUCACCACAGUGCUGGAGAGCAGAGUGGCCCGGCUGGUCAGCAGCGGAGUGGACACGGCCCUCAGCACCUCUGAGAGCCUGGUGGACCAGUACCUGCCUGUGACGGAGGACGAGCUGGAGCUGGAGGCCAAAAAUGUGAGAGGCUUUGACAAGAAGGAGUCGAGCUACUAUGUCCGCCUGGGUUCCCUCUCCACCAAGCUGCGAAAGCGGGCGUACACCAGGGCCCUGGCCAAAAUCCAAGACGGCAGGCAGCGAAGCAGGGAAUUCAUCUCUGAGCUGAGCUCCACUGUCGACCUGAUUGAAUAUGGUAGGAAGAAUAUUGACGGGGCUAACCAGAUGGUGAAUGACAAGCUGAGCUCCCUGGUGGCGUGGAAGUCCAAUGGUCAUGAGGCAGAGGUAAUCGAGUCUCGCACCUUGGCUCUGGCACAUUCCCUCACCCAGCAGCUCCAGACCACCUGCCUGGUCCUCGUCUCCAGCCUGCAGGGCCUCCCCAACAACAUCCAGCAGGAGGUGCUCUCACUCAGGCACUCGGCCACACAAAUAUACACCAGCUUCAGCAAGGCUAACAUGCUGGGAGACCUGCCCAGCAGCGUGCUGACCAGCAGCAAAGUUCAACUGGGCAAAAUGAAAGAUUCCCUAGACAACGUCAUGGACUACCUGGUCAAUAACACGCCGCUCAACUGGCUGGUCGGUCCCUUCUACCCCCGGAUGGCCCCGGAUGAGAAUCAGACUCGUACGCCGGCUUCUGAUUCUUGUGGCACACAAGCUACGUCCUCCUGCUCUCACUCCUCCCAGCUACACCGAGAGGAGCCCAUGGAAGUGGAGAUGGAGUCGCUGCAGUCCCAGCGGCACUAGUGAUCCAUUGCAGCUUCAUGUUCUGAGUUUUAAGUAAUAUAUUCUGCUUUUUUAGGCAAAGAUUGCACUUUUUAAUAUAAUGUUGAAUGCAUUAGGAUGUUAUACUUUAAUAUAGCUACAUGUCAACAAACAACAAUACUUGUUUUAUACUUAUUUUUUAAUUCUUGCUGUAACCAAAAUCACCUAAAAUCUUAUAUUUGUCAAUUCUGUGCCCAAUUUUAUAAGUUUUAUAAGCGAGACAUACACUGGCAAAACUUAAUCAUGUGCUUAUUUCAAAAUAAAAGUUACUGGAAUGAGA